UCUCCGUACAACUCUUGAUGAUCACUUCCGGCUAGGCAAGAUGGCUGCGGCCAUGCAAGAUUCACGUGUACGUGCGGGGAAAAAGCUGAAGAAGUCCCUGAAAAAGAAGAAGAUGAAAAUGGUAUCCGGAGCUGCGGCCUCAGAGCUGGACGAUGAGGUCAAAGAGGCUUCGGACGGCGGAGGCUCUUCGGGAAGCUGUGGGCUGUCGGAUGAUGAAGCAGUGGAGGCAGACAACGAGGAGGAUGCUGAGCCCCGUGACGGAGAAGACAAAAACGCUGCAGACCCCGGCCUUGGCACCAAUACAGGCUGGGCAGACGCCAUGGCCAAAAUCCUUAAUAAGGAAACUCCUAAAAGUAAACCUACCAUUCUCAUCAAAAACAAAGAGCUGGAAAAGGAAAAAGAGAAGUUGAAGCAAGAAAGACUAGAGAAAAGAAAACAGCUUGAUAAGAAGCGAGAGUGGGAAAUGAUGUGUAGAGCAAAGCCAGAUGUUGUCCAAGACAAAGACACAGAGAGGAACCUUCAGAGAAUUGCAACGAGGGGUGUGGUGCAGUUAUUUAAUGCUGUUCAGAAACACCAAAAGAAUGUUGAUGAAAAGGUUAAAGAGGCAGGAGGCUCUGCUAGAAAGCGUGCUAAGUUGGUAUCAAGUGUUUCCAAGAGAGAUUUCAUCAGUGUUCUCAGAGGAAUGGAUGGAACUACAAAUGAGAAGAGUUCGACUGGAAAGAACCCAAAGGCCAAACAGACCGAAGUGAACUCAGAAGAGGGCCCAGGGUGGAGCAUUCUGCGUGAUGACUUCAUGAUGGGAGCGUCCAUGAAGGACUGGGACAGGGAGAGCGAUGGCCCGGAUGACAGCCGCGCGGGGCCCGCCGGUGCCCCUGACACGUGAAGUGGUGCCCUGCACACGCAUGCUUUGUCCUCCAAGGUGGGGCACUGCGAGGAGCCGUCCUCGAAAGUCCCUCUGUUUAUGUGAGCUGUCUCAAAUGACUGUAUUGUCAACUUUUAUAUAGUUGUGAUUUUACUCCAAGCAUUUGUAAAAAGAAAUAUUUCUGCUUGACAAUAUUUUCAUUUUUCUAGGGUCACGGUGUGUUUACACACCCUGACCACGGACAGCAGUGCGGUUUUAGUAUCACUGGUGUUUCAAGACAUGCAGCUCCAAUCAGAAUUAAAAUGAACUCUUAGAGGUUGAUGUUUUUCUGCCUUCCAACUCAUGGACUUAUGUCUGUAACUUGUUGAAAUAAUUGGGGGUAGUUUGUUUAUUUGUUUGGUAUAGUAAACGGGAGAAAACCAAUGUAGUAAAUUUUUAAAAUAAUAGUAUUUCUGACUUUGGGUGUUGAUUUUAAUUUUUGAUUAAUGGUAAACCUCAUUUAGGAUAUUACCUCCUUUUUAUACUGUACUAAGUAAUAUAAUGACUGAUGGUUUAAGUGUUGGGUUGUCAUUACAUUGGAGAAAUAGAAUUUUAGACUCUUUUUUGCCCUGAAAUAAUUGGUUUUGCUUAAAUUCUCUUUGGGUGGUCCAACCAGGAAAGUGAUACAGUCUGAAAACAAUCUAUAUCAAAUAUUGCUCCUAAUUUGAGACUUGCUUUCAUAUUGCUGGCUUAAAAUUUGUUAAAUUGGGUAUCCUUUAGUAUUUAGUUGUUAAACAGAAAGAGAAGUGAACUGAGACUAAUAUCAUCCCAAAAUAAGUGGGAAACUGCCCAAGUUUGUAUAGGAAUUAAUCAGUAAAUAUAAUCUAUUCCUGCUUGAAAAAGCUCCAUCCCUUCUCUCCCCCUCCACCCAGUUGUAGCCCUUGGGUCUGUUACACACUGAAGGAUAGUCCUACUCCAGAAACAAUGUUCCGGAGCAGAGAUGUUUACCUUUUCCAACCCAUUUGAGUGUCAUAAGUAUUAUAAGACUAAAGUUAAAUUAGCCCAUAGCCUGGUAUUUGUUAUCAUAAAGGACAGUGUAUACUCAAGAUAUCAAGUGGUUAAAACAACAAAGUUUGAAAUGCAUUUUUCUAUUUAUCCUAACUCUUGAACACUAGUGUCUGUCUUAUUAAAUUACAGAACCACCAUUUUGGCAUUUUAAUAUAAAUAAAUGUGAACAAAUAUUCCUCAGUCAUGCAGGACUAUAUUAUUGUGUUAAAUAUCCUGGUACAACUUCAUAUAGGUAAAUAUUUCAGUAUAAGUUAACACAUACUGUCUUUGAAUCAUAUAGUUUUGCAAAAUUUAUACAGUGUUAAAAAUGAGUAAAUAACUUCUUGUUUACUAAAAAGUAGUUUUGAAAAACAUACUUUUUGUUUGUUACUUUCCUACCAGGGAUCAAAUUCAGGAUCUUGCACUUGCGAGGCAGGCGGUGGCACCACUGAGCUAAAUCCCUGGCCCUCAUACUUGUAUUUUAUAGUCCUUUAUUUGACUAGGAAAAUUGAAAAAGAUUUUCAAAUUGAAAAUAAGGAAGAGAAUAUUUGCAAAUUUUCUUCUUUCAGAAAUGAUUUUGUUCCAACAUAAAAUUGGAUAGCCAGUUGGAUCUCUUGUAAAAAGGGUGAAAGUUAUCAUUUGUGUUAGAAGGCCAUGAAUUUUUGCUAUAUAGUUGAAAUGUCUUCUAUUAAUAUUUCUGCAUCUUGUGCUGGGUUAUUUAGUUCAGUGGUUCUGCCACCUGCCUCAAAAGUGUAAUGUCCUGUGUUCAAUCCCCGGUACCAACAAAAAUUUUCUAUGUCUUGACUACAAAAAUUUUUAAGCAAAAAAUUAUGUGACUCUAAAGAUGAACAUAUUAGUUCAGAAACUAAGUAUGUAUCUUUGGAUGAAUGUUUCAAAUUGUUUACUUCUAUUACUGCUAUCCUAAAUAUAUAAAACAGCCGGGGAUUUAGCUCAGUGGUUCCACCGC